AUGUACAUGUGCACAUGCAUUCACAGAGUGAAGCACGGGGAGCAGCGGCCCCUGCUGUCGUCCCAGGCCCUCAGUGCUUCCUCUGCUCUGGAUGGUGGUGGGGUAGGGUUCUCACAAUGUGUCAUGCUGCUGAGUCGGUUCUACUUCCACCUGCCUGCACUGGAGAUUUCACAGGAGUGGCCCAAGCCUGGUGACGCCCCAGCUCGGCUGGCCGGGCUGCUGACAAUGCUUCCCAUUCAGCUCUGUCCCUGCUGCCAAGCCUAUGGGCAAGGGUUCAGUGCCCACUGGGGUUGCAACCCUGUGGACAUCAGCUCUCCUUCUCCUCCCAGGCCCCAGAGCUCCACCUCUGUCUUCAUGCUGCUUUUAGUGUUGCCACUGGGUCCAGCUUGGCAUGUGGCUGCCCAGCGAUGCCCACAGACCUGUGUCUGUGACAACUCCAGGCGGCAUGUUACCUGCCGGCACCAGAACCUCACUGAGGUGCCAAACACCAUCCCAGAGCUGACCCAGAGGCUGGACCUCCAGGGCAAUAUGCUGAAGGUCAUCCCUCCAGCUGCCUUCCGGAACCUGCCUUACCUCACACAUCUGGACCUGCAGCACUGCCAGGUGGAGCUAGUGGCCGAGGGUGCCUUUCGGGGCCUGGGCCGCCUGCUCCUCCUCAACCUGGCUUCCAACCGCCUGAGCAUGCUGCCCCAAGAGGCUCUGGACGGGCUAGGCUCACUGAGGCGGCUGGAGCUGGAGGGGAACAUGCUGGAGGAGCUGCGGCCGGGGACCUUCGGUGCCCUUGGCUCGCUGACCACGCUCAACUUGGCCAACAACGCCUUGGUCUACCUGCCCUCCAUGGCCUUCCAGGGCCUGCUGCGCACUCGCUGGCUGCAACUGUCUCAUAACGCGCUCAGCGUGCUGGCCCCCGAGGCGCUGGUGGGCCUGCCGGCUCUGCGCCGCCUCAGCCUGCACCACAACGAGCUGCAAGCCCUGCCCGGAGCCGCCCUGUCCCAGGCCCGCAGCUUGACGCGUCUGGAGCUGGGCCACAACCCGCUCACCUACCUCCUGGAUCUGAGGCGCAACCACUUUCCCUCGGUGCCCCGCGCGGCCUUCACGGGCCUGUGCCACCUAGUGUCGCUGCACCUACAGCACUGCGGCAUCGCUGAGCUGGAGCCAGGUGCCUUGACAGGUCUGGACCAUCUGGUCUACCUCUACCUCUCUGACAACCAGCUCUCGGGCCUGAGCGCUGCAGCCCUCCAAGGGGCCCCCCACCUCGCCUACCUGUACCUGGAGCACAACCGCUUCCUGAGGGUCCCGGGGGCUGCUCUGCGUGCCCUACCCAGCCUCUUCUCUCUACACCUCCAGGACAAUGCGGUGGACCGCCUGGCACCUGGGGAUCUGGCGGGAGCGAGAGCUUUGCGCUGCCUUUACCUGAGUGGAAAUCACAUCAGCCAGGUUUCAGCUGGGGCACUGGGUCCAGCUCGGGAGCUGGAGAAGUUGCAUCUUGACAGAAAUCAGCUACGAGAGGUGCCCACAGGAGCCUUGGAGGGGCUGCCUGCACUCACAGAGCUGCAGCUCUCAGGGAACCCAUUCAGGGCUCUGCAAGAUGGGGCCUUUCAGCCUGUGGGGCGGUCACUGCAGCAGCUUUUCCUGAAUAGCAGUGGCCUGGAGCAGAUUUCCCCCAUGGCCUUCUCAGGCCUGGAAACAGGGCUCCGGAACCUGUACCUGCAGAAGAACCAACUUCAGUUCCUGCCUGCGCUGCUGCGGCUCAGUGGGCUGGAGCUCAUUGACCUCAGUGGUAAUCCCUUCCACUGUGACUGCCACCUGCUCCCACUUCACAGGUGGCUCACUGGGCUGAAUCUGCGGGUGGGAGCCACCUGUGCCACCCCUCCCAGUGUCCGUGGCCAGAAGGUGAAGGCUGCAGCUACUGUCUUUGAAGCUUGCCCAGGCUGGACUGCCAGGAAGGCCAAAAGGACAUCAACCUCCAGGUUCAGUGCCAGGAGAAGCCUCAACAGAAGACACUGAAGAACAGACAAGGUAGAAGAGCAAAGAGGCCACAUCUGAGAAUGGAACAGCCUGGCCCUGCCUCACUCCAGCCCAGCAGCUCUUACUGUCAUCAGAAACUGGCUCCGAUGAGACCCCCAAAGCCUGCAG